ACAGCUGAGAGAGAGAGAAGGGAGAGAGAAGUUGUUCUGUUUGAGAGUGUGAGGAGGGGCAAGAGGAGUGUUCGUCCAAACGUAAGGAGAGAGCGGACCCCUCUUGAGAGAUCUACUCACACCCCUUCCUCCGGCAUGGCAAACAUCACAUCUGCCCAAAGGCAGGCCAUGCUGAAUGCAGCAGAUGAGAACGAGAGACCGUUCUACCAGAAGCUUUACGAUGAUGUCGUGCAGAGGGAAAGGGAGGCAGAGGAAGCAGCCAGAGCCGCCAACAUUGCUGAUCAGGUGGCCCUCCUUCGGAUCCCGGAAGCCAAUGCUGACCGGUUUCAGGAGGGACUAGCUGCUGCCGUAGCAGCCUUGGUUCGACUGCGAACCUUGGAAGACCUUGAGUCCCGUGUGACAGCACUAGAGCAGCGAAACCAAGAGUUGCAGGUUGAGAUACUCAGCCUCAAACAGUCCCAAAUGUCUGCCCCCCGCCCUUCUAACCCUGGACCUGCUGCAGUCCCAGUCUUUCAAUCUAACACAGUCCUCGUGGCAAGAGCAAGUGGAACCGUGACGAGCGCAGAAACCGGUGCCAGCUCCUCGAGCGGCAGCGCCGGCAGUUCUGCACUAGUCAUAGUCCCAAAUGCAGGGGCAUCAGCCCAAAACACCACAGUCCUUACUGGCGUUCAGUACAGCGGUCCCGUAGUGGACAAGCGGGCGGCCASCUUGCCGUCCAAGUACGACGGGAAAGCGGAUAUCACCUCUUGGAUUAGUUCCAUGCGUUCAUACUUCGAGGUCAUGCGGACACCGCAAGMASACCGAAGCAUGAUCAUGGGCACUAGUACUGAGCCCGCCGUACGGAAUCACAUUGAGCUCCAAGCUGUUGCUGCAGGUUAUGAAAGAAUUGACCUGACUGAGUGGUUGAAGGUAACCCCUGUGCACACCCUUGAGGACCUUCUCAUCACGCGGUACCAAGACAAGCAUGCUGCGCUCAAGGCUAGGCUGAAGCUUGAAACCCUCAAGGGUCAAACAUGGAGAUCCUCCAUGCAAGCUUUGGAACAGCACUUGACUGGUUUGUUCACCACUCCAGAUCUGGGAAUGACCAACGUGUCUUGCAUGGAUGUAGUCAUGGGAGUGGCCCCUAAAGAAUACCUCUCCCUGCUAGGACUCAAAGACCAUACUACUUGGCGAGAGUUCAUGACGGAUCUAGUCAACCUAGAGGCCAAGGACCUCGCCAGGCGUAAAAAGGCGCCCGCUGCAGGUGGAAAACCACAACGCAAGCGGUAUGGAAGCAGCAACCAACUUGCACUGCAUGAACAUCGGGAGGCUGAAGAUCAGUCCUACGCGGAUGAUCUGUCUCUAGAUGACGAUCUAGAGUCGGACUCCGAUAUGGGCUGUUCCACAUCAGCCAUUGAGUCUGACGUAAAUGAAGACGAAAAACUUGAUGCUUUUAGAAAGACUGCUUCAAACAAGGGGCCUAACUGUGGUUCGGGUAAGGGAACUGUUGUCCACCUCCCCAAGAACGCGAAGAUCCUUGAGAAACCGGAGGAUGCAUCUACCAAGCCUUGGGAAGCCCUCCGUAUCAGUCAAAAGGAAUGGGAAAGAAGAUCUAGACUGCGCAUAUGCUUGCAUUGUCAAAAGCCUGGGCAUGCUGUGCAGGACUGUUAUCGACUUAAGGAAACAAGCAGAGGGCGAAGAGUCAUCAACACUCCCUACAACAAGGGAAGCUGGAACAUCAGUGGGUGCAAGGUCUUCUCCAAGAUCGACCUCAAGUCUGGUUACCACCAGAUUGAAGUUGAUCCGAGUGACCAGCACAAAACUGCAUUCAAGACACGCGAUGGGCUGUACGAAUUCAUCGUUAUGCCCUUCGGUCUUACGAAUGCACCAGCCACAUUUCAGAGCCUCAUGGACAAGGUACUCCGCCAUCAGCUCAACAGGUUUGUGGUUGUGUACCUUGAUGAUAUUUUGAUUUUCAGCAAGUCCAUGGAAGAGCACCUCAAGCACCUUGAGGAGGUCUUGCAUGUCCUCAAAGAGGCACAGCUGCACCUCAACUUAGAGAAGUCUGCGUUCGGAAGGGACAGCGUCAUCUAUCUUGGUCACCGGUUGUCUGCAAACGACCUUGAGCUGGAGGCAACCAAGGUGGAGGUCAUACGAAAUUGGCCUCAACCCACGAACGUAGGCGAACUGCGUUCUUUUCUUGGUUUGGCUUCGUAUUACCGGAAGUUUGUGCCAAACUUUUAUGUCAUUGCUCACCCACUCUAUAAGACUAACCAGAAACCGAAGGAGGAUCUGGUCGAACACACCGCCAAGGAUCCGGACCUUAAUCCCAUCCUUGAGCAGCUCAAGGCUGACCCUAACGGUCAGCCUGAUUUUCAUGAGUGCGAGGGUCUUGUAUUCCGCCGGUAUGGAAAGUUUGAUCGUUUGUGUGUACCCAACCAUGCGCCUCUCCGGUCUCAUUUCUUGGAUUUGGCACAUGGUCGGAGUGGACAUUUCGGCUUUGAGAAGACUUAUGGAAGUCUUCUGCAGCAGUUUGAUUGGCCAGGAAUGAAAGGAUCUGCUCAGAAAUUUAUUGCUGAAUGUCAGGUAUGUCAAAGAACAAAGGUCCACAGGCACAAGCCUUAUGGCUUGCUGAGACCCCUCCCCAUUCCUGAUAGACCCGGUGAAUCGAUUUCCAUCGAUUUCACGGACAUGGGAAAGGUGAGUGAGGCUGGAAAUUCACAAGUCAUGGUCAUCGUGGACCGUUUUUCCAAAAUUCUAAACUUGAUUCCUUUCCCUCCUCAUGCCCCGAUUGAGCUUGUCAUUGAAGAAUUCCAUCAGCAGUACAUUCUCCACUUUGGCGUCCUGAAAACUAUUGCGAGUGAUCGGGACACCAGAUUCAUCAGCAAAGAUUGGAAGGACUUCACCUCUCAAAUCUAUGACAUUAAACUGAACAAGACUUAUGGUCGACACCCCGAAGCCAAUGGAUUGGCCGAGGAGAUCAACCAGAUUGUCAUCCAACUACUUCGUGCAUUGAUUGUUCCAGAUCAGAACACGUGGGACAAGGAGCUGCACAAAGUGAAGGGACUGUAUAACAACUCCAUUCACUCUGCAACUGGUGUGACACCAAACCAGUUGCAAUAUGGAUGGCCGAUGCGUAAUCCCCUCUCCUAUUUGUUCCCCGAACGGUCACCUGGUAUGAUGCCCCGCAUGCCUGGCUACAAUGCCAAGUACGCACGCUUGCUCAAAGUUGUUAUUGCAGCCAUGAACAAGCGCCAGCAUGCCAUGAUCAAACAUGCGAACAAGUUGCGCAGAGAAGAAAAAUUCAAAGUAGGGGAUUAUGUUUGGGUCAAAUGUCCGAGUUUUUCUGAUGAAGAGGGCGUAUCACAAAAGCUUUUUCCAUUGUACUAUGGCCCUUGGCAGAUUCUGAAGGUGAUUGGGGAUGAUUUUGGUCCUUCAUCUGUGAUUGACGUGCCUCCUCAUCUGCGCACGUAUCCGGGCUUUCAUGCGUCCAAACUGUUCCCACACAUUGAUGAUGAGACUUUUCCCUUCCGAGACCCUAUGAUACCUCGCCCUAUCGACGGCGGCCAUGAGAUAGACAGAAUCGUUUCUCACGAGGGAAGAGGGAGGAACAAACAGUACAAGGUUCACUUCCUCUAUCACCCGUUGGCUGAAUUCUUCUGGAUCGACCGAAAAGAGCUGCUAAAGAGUGUUCCCCGUGUUGUUAACGCUUAUGAACGACAGAUCGCUGAGGGACAGAAUGCUAAAUUUGUUGCAAAAAUGACUCCUCACGGACUUACUAAGUCUCUUUUUCUUAUUUACUCCUACGAUGCAUUUUGUGCCAACUCUGAAUGAGUUACUCGCUCGAAGGGACCUCGCUCUUGAGAGGGGGGUAAUGUGAUGACCCGCCAAAAACACAAACUGAGAACACUGCUGAUUUCUGGGAUUAGCCGCUGGAAUGAAUGCCUUGUUGAAAU